CGAUGAUGUUCAUCAACCAAGUCAGCGAGCUUGACCACCCGAUCCCGUUAGUCGCCUUUUACGACAAGCAUGGGUUGCCCCCGAGAUACUGUUAUAUUCUACCCCGGAUCUUUACGGGCCGUUUGGUAAUCAAGAUAUGUUCAGUUGAUUGAAUUACGUUCCCCCUUUAUCAGAUAUAUAUCAGAAGCGUUUUGCUUGUUUUAAUUGGGACAUUAUCAACUGAUGUACGAAUGUGUGAAUAUUUGCAUUGGUGCAUCGCGUUUCUCAUGAUUGAAAAUAAAUAAAUAAAUAGAUUGAAGUUAAAAGGUUAAUGUUCUGAAAAUACAUUAUAAUGAUAGAGUGACCAGUAUUUUUGUGAUGGAAGAAAGACGUUAAGGGAAAAUCUGCGAUGAUCGAGUGGCUGUGGAGGUUCAUAUAUAUUCCACAAGUCCAAUAGCAUAGUCAGAGUAAUAUUAAUCUGAAUAAAUAUAUAUUACUUUACAAACAUACUUGAAUGUUAUUUAUAUUAAGAAUACAUACUGUUUUACUCACAUUAUGAAUGAAAAAAAAAGUAUAAAUAGAUUUCAACGUAAGAUACUAAUUAAAACAAACUGAAGCGGCCCUUUCGCUAGAAUUGGGCGGUGCCAAUGUCCAAAAUAGCACGUGAACAUCACAUCUCGCACGUGGUGUGAAAGUGAAAAAAACAUGGCCGCUGCUUUGCGAAUGUAAUGUCAGACACAUUGAAAAACGAGAUGUGAAGACGUGGUGGCACAGAAUGUUGAUCCAAGAGUCAAUCCAAUGUGAAACACUUGAUCCAAGAGUCAAUCCAAUGUGAAACACUUGAUCCAAGAAUCAAUCCAAUGAGAAACACUUGAUCCAAGAGUCAAUCCAAUGUGAAACACUUGAUCCAAGAGUCAAUCCAAUGAGAAACACUUGAUCCAAGGGUCAAUCCAAUGUGAAACACUUGAUCCAAGAGUCAAUCCAAUGUGAAACACUUGAUCCAAGAGUCAAUCCAAUGUGAAACACUAGAUCACCUGAGAGUGAGAGAGUUGAUCGCCCAAUACUAAGAGUUGACCUGUGGCACUAUGUUGCGCCAUGUGAAUUGAUCUGAGAGUUGAUCCAAUGUGACACAUUGGCUCACAUGAGAGUAAGAAUUGAACCAAGAGUUGAUGACACAAGAUUAGGAGUUAACAGCUAGACUGUGUGUUGAUCAGUGAGAGCUGAUCUGAGAGUUGGUCCAUGUAACUCUUUAUCCAAGAGUUGAUCCAUUUGACAGUUGAUCUGAGAGUUGAUCCAUUUGACAGUUGAUCUGAGAGUUCAUCUAUUUGACAGUUGAUCUGAGAGUUGAACUUUGUGAAAGAGUUGGUCUCGGAGUUCUUCCCCUAAGACUUCGAGACAUGGCCCGUCUGAAGUGCCAGGAGUGUGGGCGGGCGUUCAAGUACCACCACCAGCUGCGGAAGCACCGCCGGGGCCACAGCAUGAUGAACAGGACCACCUACAGAUGUAAAAUAUGCAACAAGGUCUUCAGCUUCCUCUUCAAACUGCGGGAACAUCUAGGCCGUCAUUUCAACUGCAAGUCCGGCGAGAACAUGUACAUUGAUGACCUGGCUAUUGGAGUGACCAUCGAGCCAGUCAAGGAGACGGCAUAUGAUUGGACAGCUUCACGGUGUGCAUCGCUGCCCAAUGUAGGAGGAGCUAGAGAAAUUUCGGAAGGUGAACCCUGCCACUGUGUCCCGGCUGAGGACUGUGUGACUGUGUGCAAUCCACGCCAUAUGUACAGCUGCUCAGGGUGUCCCCGCCAUGCUGCUGUCCGACCUCCGUGUCAGACCUGCCCUUGCCACCAUCACACAUCUUGUUGCUCCACCUUCCCGCCCCAGCCUGGCCUGACCUUCCCCAGAUACAGCUCAACCAGACUCGUCAACCCACAGCUGGUCCUCCACGUGGACACCAUGCAGGACUCCACGCUUGCCCUGCCCCCAGGUCAGCUUGCCCUCCCCCCAAGUCAGCACUGUGUACUGCAGGAUAACCCUUGUCACUGCCACUUACCAGGGGAACCUGGUCAGAGGUCCUGUCUCAAGCAGGAACUGUCCGGAUCUGUACUCGGACACAAGCUGAGCUGCUCCAACUAUCGUUGCUGUGUCACCACCAAGGCCAUGGGCAAUGAGGACCGGUACAGAGAUCAUGCUGCUACUGCUGCUGCUGCUGCUCCAGAUGAUGAUGAUGAUGAUGAUGACGACCUUGAGGAAGGUCAGUCUGAUUCUGACAACACCUCACUGCAUCCACAAAGCAAGAUCCGUGUUCUAGAGGACCCAGGACAGAAGGCGGAUUCAGAAACAAAUGUGAGAAAUAUGUCCAACUAUACUGUAAGUGCUCCACCUGUUACUAAGAAUGUGUUAGAGAUGUCAGCUUGUGGUAAGACAUCACAAACUGAAAGAAAAGAGUACAUGAACAAGUCUCACAGAGAGGAGCAAACUUCAGACAAAGACUGGGAAGCAUAUUCAGGAUGUUCACGUCCUGAUGCAGAACACAGCGAUGCCAGCACUAUUAACUUAAAGAUCCCGGCUCACAGUACGCACGACCACAGCAUGGAGGGCAUGGAGGAUUUCGACGACAUGGCAACCUUAAACGAUCUGUCAAAUUUCUUUCCUGAUCUAAAUGACAAUCCUUCAGACCAACCACCAGGCCAGGUUAAUUCUGAGAGCAUGCUUGACACCAGCCUUUCAAACAACCUCAUCAUUGGCUUGGAGGAUGCUCCCAACACAGAACUGCAUGAGAAAAGUGAGUGUGUCUGUGAGACUGACAAGCCAGGAAUGUCUGAUAUAGAGGCAUGUGUGAAGAAUGGUCUGGAUUCCACUGCCAUCAACCCCACAGUGGUGGUCAGUGACCUUCAGGACCGUCUUGGCAGUGACCUUCAGUGCAAUCGCCGAGGGAGGCGGAGGAAGCGAAACAAGGACUUCCACUGUGAUCUGUGUGAUGUUACAUACGUCACCAGGAUUGCUCUGGCCAACCACAAACGCUCAAAGAAACAUGUACAGGCAGAGUCAAAUAGCCAAGAAGCUGAUGUUGCUGAGAAUCAGAAGAGACGGAGAUCGGAUAGGAACUUGAAUAAAUGUUCCACGGAUGUUGAAGGGGACAAAUCAGAAUCGGGCGAAGGAAGGCAGGACACCAGAACAUCUGAUAGGAGGUUGCGCGGUUCACCCAAACGGAGCUGUUCAACGGUGUCAGAUCGAAGAGACCAUCCUGAAACUGUGUUGAGUGAUGAACUGAGGUCGAAGAUGGGGCGCUCUGGUUUCAAGAGUGGGAGUUCCCGGAGGAGCAGCUGUGGCCCUCAGUUGAAGGCAACGGUCACCAAGUUGAACAUCCAGUGCUACAUCUGUGGGAAAGCAUUUACCACCAAGCAACACUUCAUCGUUCAUGCUAAGGAACACUUGAGGAAACUUGGCUACUGUGAGAAGAAGGAUGAUCUGUUCUACUGCACAAUCUGCUUUGCUUUCUACCCUUGUGAAAAUGACCUCCGAGAGCAUUUGAUAAACAAACAUGUUGAUGAUGAUCUAGCUGCUCUGGAGACCAGUCAGACCCAACACCCUGGAAGAUAUCCACAACAUGGCAGCAACCCGGAGGCUUCGUCCUCGGCAGAUGCUGACAGGGAUGGCAACACUGCAAUGCCUCGGACCUACUGCAGCAGGAAGGGGUAUGGCGAGAGAUGGAACGAUGGGGGCAUGAUGACCAACGUCCGACCUCGCCUCAUCAGUGGAUCAGAUUCUGAUAUUGCCGAGUCCACGACGGACCAACUUGUAUUUGAAGAAAUGGACUCCCCAGAAUCCCGAGUGAAUCCGGAAGCGGAGACGGAAGAAUCCCAGGACUACUGCAUGUGUCAUGUCUGUGGAGAUACGUAUGCCUCGAUGUCCGACCUGGUCCAGCAUCUGAAGACACAUGACGAUGCAGGACCUCCAGUAGAGGCAGGAGAUGGGUAUCAGGAGAUGGGAUGGAAGCCCAGGAGAAGCCACUCUGCAUUCAGCACCAACAGGGCAGCGCCACGUCCUGGGCUGCAGUCCAGCAGACACUCCUGCAGUGUGUGUAGAAGGGUGUUGCCGUCCCAUCACGCCCUGAGAAGUCACAUGCAGGUACAUGACCCGGACAGGAAGAGACUACGAUGCCCACUCUGUCAGGGUGAGUGUGUGUGGAAGCAAAACUUCAAGAACCAUCUCUUGCGCCAUGGCACUCCAGUGGGGCAGAGCUUCAGCACGGUUCACUUUGCACCGCACAGUAAGAUUCUGUGUCCGUUCUGCAGCGAGGUGAACCUCUACCAGACAGUCGAGGAGUACAAGAUACACAUGCUGGUGCAUGUCAACAAGAUCAUGAAUGAAGAGUGUGGGAAAACCACCUUCCAUGGUCACACCCAUUUAAACAGAAAGAUUCCAGUUGACAUGAAACCCAGGGAGGGGAAGAUAUCUGGACAACGAGCAACACAACCCGCAGGCAACCUGUUCAUCAGAACGUACAAAAAAAAGUCUCCAGUCAAACAGAAUACUAAAGUAACCCUGGGACAAAGAGGUCCUGCUAUGACAUCCCAGCCUCCGACCUCAACGCCGAAUACACACCGCUACCCUCCUGACAACACUGCUGACCCGAACUGCACAGACAGGAGCCCUGAAGGCUCCCUGCAGGGCAACUCUGGGCUGUUCAUGUCCCCGGAGUGGAGCUGGAGCACCGGGUCGCAGUCCGGACCCCCAGCCAGAGCUGCCUACACACAAUUGGCACCGCCAGAGUCCACCUCUCAGGCUGUCAGCAUGGUGAAGAAGGCGGGAGCGAAUCACAGAUCCUUGCCCAUUGAACCUGAUUUGAAUGAUUCUGGUUUUAUUCAGACUUUCAGCGGAGAGUCGGAUUUUGGCGACAUGUCAACCUCUACUCCACUACAGAGGUUGCCGUCUUUUAACACCUUUACUUCUAAGCUUCACACUCAGGCUCCCCCCAACAAGUCUCGCACUCAGGCUCCCCCCAACAAGUCUCGCACUCAGGCUCCCCCCAACAAGUCUCACACUCAGGCUCUGCCCACCCAACCUCACAUGGGGGCUUUGCCCCCCCAGCGCCCUAUGCAGAACAUGGCGCCUACCCAGCAGUACUCUAGACACUCUGGCAGUAGUACUGCCUCACGACCGGCACACACUGGUCCAGCCUUCACAAGGGAGGCAACUCAAGGUGUUCAGCGGAGUCAUCUUAGGGAGUUCCUCAGCCUUGCGAGAGUUUCGGAGCUGAUGAAGACCACAUCACGCUACACCGCGGCCUUCGAGCGUGAGGGUCAUCGCUGCAGCAUCUGCCAGUCCGUGGUACUCACCCAGCACAAUGUCAAGGAGCACCUGUUCACUCACUUUGACGGUAACGGAAGGUUCGCCUUCAUCAAGCGAGACCGGAAACAUGAGUGCCCAAUAUGCUUCAAGAUGGUGGGAGAGCGGCGGUCUGCCACGGCGCACAUGUUCAGCCACUGGGGCGCCAGCAUUCUCCGGUGUCCAGCUUGCAACAAGCCCUUCAACUUUCUCAAGACACUCAAAGUCCACGCACAGAAACAACAUCCGGACUUCAAGUUUUCUACGUCAUUGUUUGAUAACGUUUAACAGUGAAGUGAUGCCCGAAAACAACACCCAAAAAAUAAGUGCUAGUUCUCAAUAAGUUUGUUGAGACUUUGUUAUUAAGAGUUUAUUAUGAUGACAUGUCUUAGUUGGAUAUUGUUUAGUAUUAUUUAACUGUUUACAUUCUUGUCAUGUACUUGUUUUAUUGUUUUUUUCGCCAUUUCUUGCCAACAAAAAGUAUUACCAUUAUGUUGUUUGUUGAAAGAUGGUAUGUGGAUUGCGUAUGUGUUAACGUCUAUUGCUCCCAGAUGGAGCAGGUGCCCUUUGUAUAACAUGCAAUAACCACAAGUGCCUUAUGUUACUGAUUGAUUCUUUUCAAUGUUAAAAGUUUUACUCCGUAUUUGUUUUAUCACAGAUAGUUGAAUGUGUUGUAGUUUAUUUAUUCUCUGACUUUGUAUCUGGUUUCAUUGAUCAUUGUUCAAUCCUUGAUAUAUAUGUUUUAGUAACAAUUUGUUUUAUGCUUGAGAAGUCAUCCUACAAACUUGCUAGACAAGACAGUGUGUUGGUCUGCACCUAGAGUAAAUCUUAAAUAUUUUUCAUAGGAAACUGUUCUUUUGUCAGAUAAUUUUCUUGCUUUUUUGAAAACAUGUCUUGUUACAGCCAAGAUCUGCUUCUAACUAACAAACGAGCAUUACAUUCUUUCAAAUUUUGAAAGAUAGUGGAAAUUUCGUUACUUUGUUCAUAUUUGUUACUAUGUUUGGUCUCGAAGAAGAUACGUGAAUAACAAUGCUUACAGCAACUGUUGUUAAGUGGCUGUUUUGUUAAACUGUUGACUUCAUAUACAGGUGAGCUACAGUGCUGUGGCACAGGUAUGUUUUCUAACUUUGAAUUCAACCAAAGGUCUUGAUAUUUAGUUUAUGUGCUGGCUCUUGAAGCAAUUACUAAGUGUAAGGUCAAGGUCAAGGUCACGCUGAAUUUUUUUCUUCUGAAACUAUGUUUUCCAUUUUCACUGAAGUGCCUUUUUCUUCAGAUGUUUUGUGAGCCUAUUGCAUGUAGUGGUUAUGUCAUUUGAAUACUUGUGUAUGAGAGGUGUAACGAUACGGUUUGGUCGCAAUACAAUACAUGUCCUGAUAUUAUGGGUGUGAUAUGAUUCGUAUUCCGAUACAUUACUUUUUA